AUGUCUGGAUUUUUUAAACAAGAUAUGCCACCUCCGGGUGGUUAUCCACCAAUCCAUAUUGAGCGGAUGAAAUCAAAACGAUUUUUAUCAAAUUUCAACCUUUUCUUAUUUGGUGUGGCAGCUUCCAUAUACACCAUCCAUCUUAAACGUAAUAAGUCAAAUUUAAGAACCCUUGGAAAUAUUGAAGUAUCCAAUGCUCUAAUUGCUCUUGAACCAUUUAUCGAGGCUGAACGAGAUAGAAUGUACCUGAAAAACUUGAUUAGAUUGCGAGAUGAAGAAGCCGAAACAAUGAAACGAUUCCCUGAUUGGGUACCAGGAACAUUAUUUGGUUUACCAAGAUACAAGACUUUACCGAAUGAAGUUAACCCAACAGCUGAGAUCAGCGAAUACUGGAUGUUUAGGCCAAUGUAUAACAAACUAGAUUACGUUUACCCUGACAGACAUCUUGUGUAA